UGUGUUGUUACUUUGGCUAAUAUCGAUUUAGCAUACCCUGGACUCCAAACAUAGCUGGCCAACUAGCCGAAGGGAGCUAGUAUUACUCCUUCUCGCAAAAUUGGGUCGACAGGGAGCUGUUUCUCAGUCAAUUAUUGCACACACAGAGCUGAUGUUUCCAGGAGGCCUUUAGAAUUGCCUGCUUGACUCCCACGGGCCGUGUUUGUGACGAAAAGGAAGCGCUGCAAAACAGCGAAAUCCACCGGUUGUAGGAGCGAGCUGUGGCUGGCUAACGAUAGCCUUUAGCUUCAGGAGUACAGCGAGUAAGGCGCCUGGCUAGGCAACCAUUACUGUAAAGGCGGCUUCAGACCGCCGGCAGUCGAGCCACCCUUGUCACUCAGUUGCCAUAAUAGGAAGAAAAGUGUGAUUGGUGGCCCAUGAGGAAGCCACGUCGAAAAGGCCAAGUGGCCGGAGCAGAUGCUGCGGAUGUCAAAAAGUCCAAUGGGACCGUUGUUGGGCGUGGGGGUGCCCGGCAGCGAUCACCAUCUCCUUACAGCCUCAAAGCAUCUCCAACCAGGGAAACCCUGACAUAUGCUCAGGCUCAGAAGGUGGUGGAGGUGGAGCUGGAUGGUAGGCUCCACCGCAUUUCUAUCCUGGAGCCUUUGGAAGUUAUUACUGAAGAUGAGAUGAUGGCUCAGGACAUUAGCGAGUGUAACAGCAACAAAGAGAACAGUGAGCAGGCAUCACCUCCAACAAGUAGUGCUCAGACACCCCGCAAACCUGUCACACCUCGGGGCCGGAGGAAAGAAUCCAAAUGUUCUUCUGUCAAGUCGCCACCACCUUCCAAGAACCACUGCCCCAACCCUCAGUCACCUGAAAAACUAAACACAUUACAUUACCACCACAUGACCCUACCUGAACCUAAGUUUCGUGUGCUGGAAACCUUUGCCCCAGUUAAGGCGGAUCCUCUGCCUGCUGCAUAUUAUCGUUACAUUGAACGCUCAACUGAGGAGCAAGAAGCUGAGGCGGAAUACGACAUGGACGAAGAGGAUACUGUCUGGCUGCAGAUGGUUAAUUCUGGCCGGACAUCAGAGGGUUACUCAGCUGUCUCACAAGACACAUUUGAGCUACUGGUGGACAGGCUGGAGGAGGAGGCAUAUCGAGAAGCCCGCAGCCGGGCACCUUCUCAGAGCACUAUUGACGAUGAUGCCUUCUGCUGCGUGUGCCUUGAUGACGAGUGUCUCAAUAGCAACGUCAUCCUCUUUUGUGACUCCUGUAACCUGGCUGUGCACCAGGAGUGUUAUGGAGUGCCCUAUAUCCCUGAGGGACAGUGGCUGUGCCGCUGCUGCCUUCAGUCCCCUCAAAAACCUGUUGACUGUGUUCUUUGCCCAAAUCGUGGCGGCGCAUUUAAGCAAACAAGUGAUGGCCGCUGGGCACAUGUUGUCUGUGCUAUAUGGAUUCCUGAAGUCUGUUUUGCCAACACAGUGUUCCUGGAACCAGUGGAAGGGGUAAAUAACAUUCCCCCAGCACGCUGGAAACUGACAUGCUACUUGUGCAAGCAGAAGGGCCGCGGUGCUUCUAUUCAGUGCCAUAAGGCUAAUUGUUACACAGCGUUUCAUGUCACAUGUGCUCAGCGUGCUGGCUUGUUUAUGAAGAUAGAUCCUGUGCGAGAAACAAACAUCAACGGGACCACGUUUUCAGUCAAGAAGACUGCGUUCUGUGAGGCCCAUUCUCCACCAGGACAAGAGACCGUGUCGGAUGAGGAGAGUGAAGGACGAGUGGUGGGCAGCAGAGGAAGAGCUAGUAGAGGACGGAGCGCCUACACAGAGGGUCCAACAACACCAAAAAAAGGCAGAAAGUCUGAUGACGAGGUCAAGACGGAUAAAAAGAAAGGGAAGAAAAACACAGAGCCAACAGCGCAACAAAAUGCUUCACCACAAGUGACAGUCCCUCAGAUACCAACGAGCAGGCUGAAUAUCAUUUGCAAAGGAAUACUCUUACAGAGGAAAAACCAGUUCAUGCAGAGACUGCAUAGCUACUGGUUACUGAAGCGACAGUCUAGGAAUGGUGUGCCGCUGGUCCGGCGUUUGCAUUCUAACAUCCAAACUCAAAGGACCACUGAACAGCCUGAAGUGGAUGAGAAGAUUUCUGCUGCACGAGAAGCACUGAGGUAUUGGCAGAAGCUUCGGCAUGACCUUGAAAAAGCCAGACUGCUGGUUGAGCUCAUCCGCAAGAGGGAGAAACUCAAACGGGAGCAGGUCAGAGUUCACCAGGCAGCCCUGGAAAUGCAGCUGACCCCGAUGCUGAUGCUGCUCCGCUCCACUUUGGACCAACUACAGGAGAAGGACACUGCCCAGAUUUUUGCACAGCCAGUCAACAUCAAGGAGGUCCCAGACUACCUGGAGUUUAUUACCCAGCCUAUGGACUUUUCCACCAUGUGCUCCAAGCUGGAAAGUCAUGCCUAUCGCUCGGUGGCUGAUCUGGAAGCUGACUUCAACCUGAUGGUGUCAAACUGCCUCCUGUACAACGCCAAGGACACAGUGUUCCAUCGGUCAGCACUGCGUCUUCGAGACCUUGGGGGGGCCAUACUGCGGCAUGCCCAACGACAAGCCACCAACACUGGACUGGACCUGGACACUGGCAUGCACCUUCCAGAGUCGCCUCAGAAAAGAGACUUUUACAGCUGCACCUGGGAAGAUGUUGACAGUGUGCUGGAUCCGGAUAACCGGCUUCAUAUGUCAGUGGAAGAGCAGCUGAAGGAGCUGCUUGAAAAGCUGGACUUUGUCACAUCCAUGCGGUGCAGUGGUGCCCGAACUCGACGCAUCCGUCUGCUUCGUCGCGAGAUCAACAGCAUUCGCUACAGGCAGGGCCAACACACCCGCAGUAGCCUUCACAAUGGACAUCUAAAAGAAGACGAUGAUGAGGAUGAUGACGAUGAGGAAGAGGAUGACAAAGAAAGCAGGCCAGAAAAUGGCCUUUCGUCUUCAGACAAAGAAGACCUCAAAUCCACUUCGCCCCCAACACUGGAACCUACAGGACCAGCUCCUCCUCCGCGACAGGGGGAUGCACCUCUGGAGCCUCCAACACUGCGCCCAAUCACAGGGGAGCCCCGUUCGCCCAGCUGGCCCUGCAAGCGCCUUAAGAUGGACAGUGACCUCUCAAACCGCACCAUGGAGGAACCUAAUUGCACUAAAGCACAAGAGCGGUGUGCGUCGCCACCUCCCAGUUUGCACAGUGUAGGGCAGGAGAUGACUAACGGCCUGCCAGAAGUCAGCAUCCCCCCACGACCCACCACUGGGGGAGUCGGCCGACGAACCUCCAUAUUAUUUAAGAAGGCAAAAAAUGGAGCUAAGGUGUUCAGAGAGAGAGACGGUACUUUGGUGAAUGGAAAAGGACUACAGGAUGAGAGCAACAACCCUACAACGCCAACUUCCGCUACCAGCACUCCAUCCUCCACCCUUUUAUCUACUCCAACCAAGACGCCACAGAAAAGCCCAGGACAUCCCCAUGAACCAUGGACACCCAGUCGAAGCCUAUGCUCAGAUAGUGAGCUGGAGAAGACGCCAAAUCGUAUACUGGAAAGUGGGCUGACCAACGGCUUCAAGCACAAAGACGGCGGGUCUGACUCUGAUUAUAGCCCGUGUCCAGUCCUCCACAAAGAACUCAAGUCACCACCCAAACGGAGCCUCGGUAAACCGUCUCUUUCCAAAGUUCCUUUCCUGGAGAUAGUCAAUGGAGACUCAGAUUACAUUGGCAAUAGUAGUCAAACAUCUGAGGAUGAGACUGAGCUGGAACCUCUAGACCUGGUGUGGGCCAAGUGUCGGGGAUACCCCUCAUAUCCUGCUUUGAUCAUCGACCCAGAGAUGCCAGAGGAGGGCCUGCUGCACAAUGGGGUGCCCAUCCCUGUCCCACCCAAAGAUGUCCUCCGUCUGGGGGAGCAGAGGCAGGAGGAGACCAAUGAGAGACUGUACCUAGUACUUUUCUUUGACAACAAGCGGACAUGGCAGUGGCUUCCACGUGACAAGUUGACACCCCUGGGUGUAGAUGACACAGCUGACAAGCUGCGCAUAAUGGAGGGCCGCAAGUCCAGCAUCCGCAAGUCUGUCCAGGUGGCGUACGACCGCGCCAUGAUCCACCAGAGCCGAGUCAGCCACAACCACGGCUUUGUGGCCUCCAACUACCUGUAGAGGGCAGCUGUGAGGCUGCUGUGCACCCACAGUCAGCCACUAUGCAUUUCCCUCUGGUCUUAAGGCUGCAGCUGGGCCAAGCCCUACAGCCAACUGAAUUUAUAUUCACACUGUGGUCUGAGGAGGCUGUCGUGGCAGCACAGAGUCUUGGACUGUAGUUCAUUACCAAACCACUAGUGUCUGACUCGGAGCACUGGUGUUUGCCUUUGUUGUUCAAACUCCAGAUGUGAAUGAAGUUACCUUGACGUCCUGCGUCGCUGCAGUCAGUAAGCCGGCGUCUGCUUACCACCUAAUGUGUUGAAGCUGUGUGUCUGGAUCAAAUGUAAAAGAUUUCCCCCCUAUUUUGUAUAAUGCUACUGCCAAGGAAUCAAACUGUCAGAAAAGAGAUUUGACAUAUUUAUGAACCACAGACUAAUGAAUGGAUCACUGCCAUCUUUUAUACAAUAGCUUUUUACAUUUUAAUCUUUUACAGAGACACUUGUAUAUUAUUAAGGCACACUUUGUGUACAUAUGUAUGUGUAAUAUCAGACUCUGUUUAAUUUAAUGUUGUUUUUAAAUGCGGAUUUCAAUCAAGCCACAAUGGGCAAAGAGAGGCUGUGUAUAUUUGUGGAGAUAAAAUAAUUCCUGACUUGCUGCAGUGUACCUAGCUUGUAAUUCCAUUGUGGAGUGUGUGUGUGUGUGUGUGUGUGUGUAUAUGUGUGUAUGUGUGUGUAUGUAUGUGUAUGUAUGUGUGUUUGGAGCAUACAACACAAUGAGCCGUUGUUCUUUAUAUUUGAAUUCUCUUUUUGAUACAGAGAGAAAUAAUUUAUUUAUGGAAGAAAGAACUAUAGAAAUAAAGCUAUAUUGGUUAAAAUUGACGAUUAAAUCUUAUUUAAAAGAAAUGGAGUGAAAUUUUAAGAACACGCAGCCAACAUUUUAACAGACAAUAUCAUGUGUCGGGUUUAUGUUGAUUUUACUCGAGACCAACCACCACCACUCACUGCUGACCCCCAGAGGUUCCUAUUUAUUACCAAGAGGCCCAUUUUAUAAAAUGGAAAGAUACACCUUCAUAAGCUUGUACUACCUGCAUAUUUUACCUGCUCACCAAAUAUUUUGUCUGUAACCCGUAUUUCCUCAUUUUGGGAAAUAGAUCUUCUAUUAAACAACUUUUGGGAUACUUACCUGUA